AUGAUCCUGACUGUUCUACUCAUUCUCUCUACUUUGUUCACUGUCUUGUUAUUGUCUUUGCCCUCCCAAUGCGAUCCUUCCGACAAGAGCUGUUCCGUCCAAGUCCUGGUACUCGGUGAUAUUGGGCGGAGUCCACGUAUGCAAUAUCAUGCAUCAAGUAUUGCAAAGCAUGGAGGAACAGUACAGCUCAUCGGUUACCCGGAGUCCGAUGCCCUCCCCGAGCUUGUAGCUCAUCCAAAUGUAUCCAUUGUGCCGAUUCUACCGCCACCUAAAUGGCUUCAGACCACCAAUAAGCUGCUAUUUCUGAUAUUUGGGCCUUUGAAAGUCCUCAUUCAGACCUGGUUCCUUUGGAAGGUAUUGGGAUAUUCCACCAAAGCAUCCAAAUGGCUGGUAGUCCAGAACCCCCCCUCAAUUCCAACCCUGUUUGUGGUCUCUCUUAUUUCCUUGGUUCGAAGGACUCGGCUGGUUGUUGAUUGGCAUAACUUUGGUUAUUCCAUAUUAGCUCUGAAGCUUGGUUCUGGUCAUCCCUUGGUCGCCCUCUCCAAACGCUACGAAAAGUAUUUUGCAAAAUCAGCCACUGCCAACUUUGCUGUCACGGAUGCUAUGGCACAGCUGCUUCGAACUGAGUUUAUCAAAGGGAGCCCCGUGAUCACUCUGCACGACCGACCUGCGGACAUGUACAGACCCUUGACAGAGUCAGACCGCAUUCAAUUUCUCCAGAGAUAUCAGCUCUUAGCAAAGCACUUCAAUGACAUAGCCGAUAAGAAGGCAAGGCUUCUUGUUUCAUCAACCUCUUGGACAGCAGAUGAAGACUUUGGACUUCUUUUAGACGCACUCUGCAACUACUCCGCCUGUGCUACCUCUUCCCAUCCGCACCUGCCAGAAUUAAUUGUCGUCAUCACAGGCAAGGGACCUCAAAAGCAGCAAUAUCUCGAGAAAAUCACAAGUCUGCAAGCCGGGGACGCACUAGAAAUGGUCGACAUCUACACAGAUUUCUUGAGCUUUAAAGACUAUGCGCUUCUCCUAGGAUCCGCUGAUCUUGGUAUCUCAUUGCAUACCAGUAGUAGCGGGGUUGAUCUGCCAAUGAAAGUGGUCGACAUGUUUGGAGCCGGCCUGCCUGUUGCUGGCUGGAGUCGAUUUACAGCAUGGCCCGAAUUGGUGAAGGAAAAAGUCAACGGUCGAGGCUUCGGGAGCUCGGAUGAACUAGCCGAGGUUCUUCGUGAGCUCUUUGAUCCUGCUUCGGACCAGCUCCUUGGGCUGAAGAAGGGCGCUGAGCAAGAAAGCCAACGGCGCUGGGCAUCAGAAUGGGAUCCUGCUGCUGGCAAGCUAUUUGGACUGGUCGACUGA